AUGAGAGAAGUUCAAACUGAGGAAGAAUUAGAACAGGCUAUCAAAGAAAGUGAAACAAGACUGAUGAUACUAGACUUUUUUGCGGAUUGGUGUGGGCCUUGCAAAAGAGUCGCUCCAGAACUGGACAAAAUUUGUGAAGAAUGGGAAGAUGUUUUAUUCAUAAAAUUAAAUGUAGAUGAGUUGGAGUCUGCAGCCGAAACGUAUGCUAUAGCUGCAAUGCCUACAUUUAUUGCAUUCAAAGGCGGCGAAAAAGUGGACGAAGUUGUUGGUGCGAAUUUAGACAAACUGAGAGAGAUGAUUGAAAAGUAUAAGUAA